GGAAACGGACACGUCAGUGCCGCCAGCGACGUCACCAUGCCCGACCCAGCCCGCCGACGCACGAUUGGGUGCUGAGGCCGCUUACGCGUCGCGCUUCCUCGUCUGCUCCGCAUGUUCAGGGCGGCUUGCUCUCUUUUCCCCUCGGCAGAGAAGAGGCGAUGGCGGCGAUGGCAUCUUUCGGCGCCCUGGCGCUACUCCUGCUGUCCGGCCUAUCUUGCUGCUCAGCAGAGGCCUGCCUGGAACCCCAGAUCACCCCUUCUUACUAUACAACUUCAGAUGCCGUCAUUUCUACAGAGACUGUAUUCAUCGUGGAGAUCUCACUGACCUGCAAAAACAGGGUCCAGAAUAUGGCUCUUUAUGCCGACGUUAGUGGAAAACAAUUUCCUGUAACCCGCGGCCAGGAUGUGGGUCGAUAUCAGGUGUCCUGGAGCCUGGAGCACAAGAGCGCCCAUGCAGGCACCUAUGAGGUCAGAUUCUUCGAUGAAGAGUCCUACAGCCUCCUAAGGAAGGCUCAAAGAAAUAAUGAAGACGUUUCCAUCAUCCCACCACUGUUCACAGUCAGUGUGGACCAUCGGGGUACCUGGAAUGGGCCUUGGGUCUCCACGGAGGUGCUGGCUGCAGCAAUUGGCAUAGUGAUCUACUACCUAGCUUUCAGUGCAAAGAGCCACAUCCAGGCCUGAGGGCAGCAACCUCAGCCCUCCAUUGCUUCUUUCAAUAAACAGUCACUAUUUGA